CCUCAACAACCUUUACUCCUCCUCCUCCUGACCAACAAACAAACCAUCCUUACUUCUUCCCCACAUUCCUUGGUCCUGGGUACUUCGAGAAAAUCUCGAUCGUUUUAUUCUCUUCCUUAUAAACCACUUGGUCCGGUCAAAACUGGCGGCCCCUUCAAUCAUGGCUCCUGGACUCGGUUCGGGAUUCCGCUCCUUUUGGCACGCGAUGACUUCAAACGACAGGCAUGCGAACCACGAUUCCCCUUAUAGAUCUCAUUCGAACAUGGGCAGUCAACACAUUGGCGUCGGUCGUAACCCUGGAUUACAAUCCGUUUCCUCACCCGGUGCCGACACCAGUCUCAAUCUUGGCUACCGCGAUGAGAACCAUUCUACCACCGCUCUCGCUUCCCAAAACGGCGUUUAUUCCCCGAGGCCUCUGAAUGGAAACAUCCAAGGUCCGAAUUCCCCCUAUUCUCCGGGCAUGAGGUCUUCCGCUUUGCAGAGUGAUGGUUCCCCAGGAGGAAUAGCUCUGCAAGACUUUGGUACGGAUGGUUUACCUCCGCCUCCCCCUGUAAGUCAUUCCUGGAGCAGGAUCGACCGGUGGUGCGAGGAUAACUAUCCUGAGCUCUUUGAUCAACUGUGCACUCCCGCAUCGGUGAAUGACAUCAACGAGUUGGAGUACAACCUGGACUGUUCGCUACCCAUCGAAGUGAGGGACUCACUUCAGAUUCACGACGGACAGGAACGGGGCGGAAUGCCUACCGGUUUAAUAUUUGGCGCAAUGUUACUAGACUGCGAGGAGAUGCUGGAUGAGUGGAAAAAUUGGAGAAAGGUCGAGAAGGAAUAUUUGGCCAAUCCGACUCUUACUCCGCCAACGCCAAAUGGGGAAGCUGGACCAUCUAGGUUGGAAGCUGGCUCUAUUGGACGCCAGAACCUUCAAGCUCGCCAGGACUCGCAGCCGGAAGGUGCGGUUGUAAAGGCCUAUGCUCAUCCGGGUUGGAUCCCCAUGGUCAGGGAUUGGGGUGGAAACAACAUCGCUGUUGACCUUGCCCCCGGGCCUAAUGGAACAUGGGGACAAGUUAUUCUCUUUGGCCGUGACUAUGACACCAAGUUUGUUGUUGCGAAAUCAUGGCCACAUUUCCUUGCGAUGGUAGCAGACGAUUUGGCGAGUCCUCAUUGGUGGGUAGACGAGGAAACUCAGGAGUUGAAACUCAAAGAUCCAAGAGCUCCAAGAUCAGAACCACCGUAUAUGGAAAUUCUACGGGUUCGAAAUGAACGCAAAUACGGGAGGCGCCGCGUCAGAAAAUCAAUGUCUCCGACACAGUCACCACACCCCUCUACCAUGUCUCCAACGGCUUUCGGUGUAGUAAAUGGACAGGGUCCCCGUGGCGGCCUCACAAGGCCCUCAAGGGAGGAAAGCACAAUGUCGGAUAACCAUCUCAAACCGCCUUCCAAGAAGUUAAGCAAACCCCUACGAAGUGUCACCGAGGAGCUUCCUUCCCCCAUCCCUGUCCACACCAAGGCACAGAAUUCUUCAUCAAAGGGUCCCGCAGCCAACCUAUUAGACGAGCCUUUACUCGAGGAGAAACCAUCCGAUACGAUUCAGAGGUUAGAAGUUGUCGCGCUAGAUGACAGCGGAAAGCUUAAGAGAGCCGCGACCGAUAUAGUUUCGCACCCCCCUCCGUCGGUUGCGGUACAGCGAUCCAGUCUUGAGGUAUAG